AUGGCAUCGGUAGGCAAUCACUAUGGCGGCCCCGAACCUUACAGCACUCUCGAAGUGCAAGGCGUAGAGUCCUGGAAUAUUCACGGCCUUCACGACUCGAACAAGGAAGCGGUGCCUCAUCCGGAGAGUCAAUACCCGCAGCCUGUAUCGACGCUCAACGCGUGGGAUAAUGCCCCGAAGCCGGAAGCAAGCGGUGUCGACGCGGAGGCGACAGUCGCCCGGGAGGAAUAUAACGACGGUAACGCGAAGAAAAGGAGAUGCGGCUUAUCACCAAGUACAUUUAAGAUCGUCCUAGCGGUCGUCAUAUUAAUAAUAAUCGCGGUCAUCGCCGGCGGUGUUGCGGGCGGCUUAUCGAGCCGGAGCCGCAGCUCCGGUUCGCCGUCGUCGGGCGAGGAUCCGGCGGAGAACGUCAACGUCCUCAGCACGUCGAAGCUCACCGCGUCCAACUUCACCGACGCGCGGGGCAACGUCCACAGGCACGUGUUCUUCCAGGACCCGCACAGCUCCCUCAUCAGCCGGCAGUGGGACUCGGAGAACCGGACGUGGACGACGAGGAACCUCAGCCGGCUGAUGGCGCCGUCGACGCACGGCGCGAUCCGCCCGCUCCCCGGCACGGCCCUGGCGUGCGCGGCGGCCGACAGCCGCUGGGGCUCGCUGUACGAGGUGCACGUGUGGUUCUCCGAGGCCUCGGCCGACCAGGACCCGGACCCGACGGUCAGCUGGCUGAACGCGAACGACCCGGUCGGCAACCCGGACUACUGGACGUUCAGCCCGUCGGUGCUGCGCACCUGGAACCGCACCCAGCUCGCGGUCGCCUGGCAGCGGUGUCCCGCGGACAACUGCGUCGGCGACUGGAUCCUCGCGUACCAGGGGCGGGAGGGCUACAUCCGGAUCACCAACGCGAGCAAUUGGGAUAAUAACACGGAGCCCGUGGUCAGCGCCAGCGCGGUCUCGGGGACCGCGAGCUUGGCCCUCCUGCCGUCGCUCAUGGGCACGUACGUGCACGGGCUGACGCUCGCGUCCCAGCGGAGGCCGAGCUCGAUUGGGAAGACGACGUUUAUCGGGGAUUGGAACUGGAAGGAAGACGACGGGACGAUCUUAAACGACGUGGACCCGUUAACGACGCGGCAGUUCGCCGCCACGGCGAUGAACAACUGGACGGAAGCGCUGUUCGUCGCGCUGUCGACGGACGGCGGGGUUAAGGGGGCUCGGUGGGACGGGAGGACGGCGUACGACGCGAUACCGCGGAUCGACUUUGCCGACGGGGAGGCGACGAAUUUCUCUGCGAUCGCGAUGACGACGGACGCGACGUUCUACGGGAUAGCGGAUGAUCAGGUCUGGGAAUACGCUGUCGAUACGGCGGACCCGUCUACGUUUAGGCUGGCUGGUAGGGUAUACCCGUAG